CGACAUCAACGACAACUUCACUUGUUCCGUUGCUUCUCUUCAAGGCAGCACACACAUAUCCCUUCAGAAACUGGAUGUACAGCAUCUGAAUGUCAUGUUCUCCUCAUUUUUCCCUUCCUCUCUCCCAAAAUUGUCAUUCAGCCGCGGAUGGUCGGGAAGAGCUGUCAACAUCCCCGCUGUUGAGAUCCAUGACGUUGAAGUCCUGAGCGACAAACGAGGACGAAGACUCAAGCAUCUUCUUCGCCUCAAUCAUGCUACUUUCUCUAUCCUAUACAAUCACCUCAGAUUCCACAAUCACACACCGCAUCUACUUGGCUCUGCAUGUCUAUUAGGCGGUGAUGCCGACCACCUAAAUUCGGUUUACGAAGAUGCUGCCACGAAUGAGGGCCAUGACCAUUGGGAAGAUGCUCCUUCGGAAAUCGCUCUCCACGAUUACCGAGACUUCCUAGGGAAACGCGAUUACCAGCGAGCUUGGGUCGACUUUUUUGAAGACCAGCUUGUGCUACAUGGCUACGAUUGGAAAGAGGUGGUCUCGAAAUUCCUCUUUGACCGUGGCACUAAAGGCUCUGACACUGAGUGGCCCAUGUUCAACGCCCUGACAUCCGGUCUCGGCCAUCCACUGAUUCAUCUGGGAUAUGCCUAUGAGCUCAACAGUAGAGAAGUCGGAAUGGAGGCUUUGGGGCUGGUUGCCACUUGUUAUGACCCCAAACUCGCCAAAAUACUAGAAACGAAGAUCCCCCAGAAUUCACAACAGCAGAUUAUUAAGUCCCACGUGAAGCCAACAACAGACUUGUUCUCCAUCCUACUCAAAGUCCACGAUGACACACGUUUUGACGGGAUGUUUGAUCAGCCCGGUGGUGAAAAUCUGAGUCAUCUCCUGGGUGAUGAAUCACUGGUGUCAAUCCUUGUCGAAUAUUGGUCAUCGUGGCAAAUCAAGGACCCCACCAAGGACUUUGCGCAGUCGCAGAACCUGGCCAUCGCAUUACUGAUAGCGAGUGCUUCUUCAGUGGGAGGACAUGGUUUUGAUUUCUUCCUUGUCCACCUCCUGACUACCUCACACGCCGUACGGAUUCUGAUUCCAGUCAUUGAACCCCAGUAUCAUGUGUUGCUGGUCCGCGAAUGGUUUCUAAUCACCCUGGCUAUUUACAUAGCACAAUCACGACCUGAAAUCAAAACAUCCAAUAUUACGGAAUAUGAUGUCAAAGGACGAGACUGGGAAUUUGUCACGACGACGGCCAUCCAAGGCCCCCACAAGUUUGAUGCCCAUUUCGUCAAGGCAUGUCGAGCAAUUAAAGAAGCAGAGAAAGUCUGGGGAGAGACUGAGGAUCAAUAUUAUCUCAAAGCGGCGGUCAAGUUCGCAAGCGAAUUUGACGGAUGGGGUGGAUUUGGCGCGGAAGAUGAAGAGGUGGAAAGAGAGAAAACAGUCAAGGGUGGGUGAAUUAUGCCACCUAAGGUAGUUGCCGAAUUACGAGGCUGGAUGACCAAAAUUGUAUGAUCAUGUCAUAGCAUAAGGAGUCUUGUUGUUGAUAUAUAAUGAUACGGGCAGUUUGACGACUCU